GCUACAUCUCCCAAUCCUCUCAUCCAGCACCAACACCUCAAAAUGACAGACACACAAGAUCCCAGCGCCGCUGCCGCCGCCGUAGCCCCGCCAGCCCCCCUCUUCAAAAAGCGCGGCGCCAAAGCCCAAACGAACCUGCGCAAGAAACGCGCCGCCACGCCGCCCUCCGCUUCCUCGGGCGCCUCCUCCGACUCCGACUUCUCCUCCGACGAAGCCACGCACAUCAAGCGCCGCAAGAAGAACGCCGGCGUCGUGAGCGCCUCCUCGGCCGCGCGCAGCACCACCACGCCCAACGAUUUACCUUCUGCAUCCACAAGCACAAGCACCGCGCCCCCGCUCCUCCCCGACACGAACGACGCAACCAAACAAUCCAACUGGUACGACGAGACCGACACCAGCAGCGCCUCCAACCUCCUCGGCAAGACCCGCCACCCGCAAUCCUCCCUCAUCACCACCUCCACCGCCGAACAACCCGACGGAACCUACAAGGGCCUCGCGCACCAGACGCAGCAGACCUUCAUCAAACGCAACCCGGACGCGCCCACCAAAAAGGCCGUGGGGCCCGUGCGGGCGCCCACCAACGUGCGCAUGACCACGUUCACGGACUACGCGCCGGACGUGUGCAAGGACUACAAGCUGACGGGGUGGUGUGGGUUCGGCGACAACUGCAAGUUCCUGCACGACCGGUCGGACUACAAGGCCGGGUGGGAGUUGGACAAGGAGUGGGAGACCGUCACGAAGGGGAAGAAGGUGGUCGGCACGGUGGUGUCAGAUCGGGCGCGCGGAGAUGCUGGGGCGGGGGGCAGAGGUUUGGACGAUGAGGAUGCCGAGUUGGAGGAGAUCCCGUUUGCGUGCAUCAUCUGCCAGCGGCCGUAUACGGAGCCGAUCGUCACGAAAUGCGGGCAUUAUUUCUGCGAGGCGUGUGCGUUGAAGCGGUAUCGGAAGGAUCCGAGUUGCGCGGCUUGCGGGGCGGCGACGAACGGGGUGUUUAAUUCGUCGAAGAAGCUGAAGAGGUUGUUGGAGAGGAAGGCGGAGAAGCAGGCGCAACGGAGGAGGGAGGCGGAGGAGAAUGGGGAGGUGCUGAGUGAGGAUGAGGAGGAGGAAGAGGAUGAGUAGAGGGUGGGUUGUAUGAUAUGCAUAUAUGUAUAGAGACCAGGAUAUUGUCUUAAUAUAAUUAGGGGCCUUGAG